AUGCACCUGCUGCGCGUGCGCAGCAGCGUGGACUCGCUCCAGGGCGCCCCCGGGCUCUCUGGCAGCGAGGCCUCGACAGGUGCGGAGGAGGAGUUCCGAUCGCACGUGCCCGACCCCGCCUCCGACAAGCUGAAGAGCAAGUCCGAGCCCGUGCCGAUGCCUCGCGCGAAGUACGCCGCCCAGCCCGGCGAUCUGCCCUCGGUCGAGUUUGUCCAGCGGCCCGCGAGCUGGGGGACGCCCACCGGAGGCGGGCUUCAGACCGUCGACACCUGGAUGCGCAGGCAGGCCCUCGCGGCGUCCGUGCUCCAGGCGGCGACGAAGGACAGAGGCCGGGGCGGCGGGCGCCGCGGGCAGGUCGGGCGCCGCAGGUGGAGGAUCGCUGAUCGCUGGGGCGCACGGCACUGCCCGGGCGAACCUGCGCCAGUCCUCCAUGACCAUCGUCGAGGGGGAGCGCGAGGAGAGGCCAGCCCGAUGUCGAGUCCGAGCGGGGCGCGGAGGGCGACGUUGUGA